GUCCGGCUGCACGAGAGCCUUCCUCCGACCUCUACUAACUCAAAUACAUGUUUUAAUGGAAAGAUAAUUAAACCGGAGUCAAGAAAGUCUCCUGUUCCUCCAGUGGAAGUUUUCUCUGAAAUCAGCGCCAGUGGAGCCGUCCGCCAGGCUUUACCCAAAAGAAGCGCCGUACUAACGGAGGAGUUGAAGGAUUAGAGGAUAAUCCAGGAUGGUCCGUUGGUGCAACCGCAGAACCGUUUGCAGCUGGACACAGAACCUAUUUCUGAGCUGAUGUCGACAAAGCCAAAGCCCAAAGCAAGCGGGGGAAAAUAGGCGAUCUGACCACACUCCAACCGGCUGCUUCCAGGAACACAACUGCACAGUGUUUCGCCUCAAUUUAUGGCCCUUUCAUCCUGCCAGCUAUGCAUCAAAACCAGCUACGAAGAGAGGGACAAAGUUUGGCCUGCGCUUGAUAAACUGAGAUAAUAUUCAAGCGCAUCUGGCACUGAAGACUUUGGGAGUUCACCUUCUCAGAAAAUUACACGGUUUCAAGCUCUUGGAAUAACAUUUCAGAGCUAUUUUUUAAGAUUUUGACUUUGGGAUAAUCUAAGAGGAGAGAGACACAACGUUCAGUUUUGCCAUUCAGUAGGAAUAAAGGUUGAUUUUGAGCAAAUAUUGUGCCAUUCAAUUCCAACGUGUUACAAAGAGUGGGACAGAGUUUAGCUUGGGUAUGAUAAACUGAUAAGAUAUUCAAGAACUAUUUGGUGCUGCAAGCCUGGAGUUCAGAUUUCAUUAAGGUUUCAAGAUCUUGGAAUAACCCUACUCCAUAUUUUGUCUACGUUUUAAACUGUCAAUGAUUUUGGCAUAAUCUAAGAGGGGAACAUUGGACAUUCAGCUUUGCCAUUCAGUGGGAUUUAAAGGCAACUCCAAACAAAGUAGAUCUUCUGGAGCCAUUCACCUCUCGUGAUCAUGAAUCUUCAGGAGAAGCUGUCCGGCCUCAAAGGUCUGGUCUCACAGUCUCACAGCAAGCGUCGCUAUAAAGGCGACCUCACGCUGGAGAUGAUCAGCCCUCCUUUGGGAGAUUUCCGCCACACCAUGCAUGUUGGCCGAGGAGGCGAUGUGUUCGGGGACACUUCCUUCCUCAGCAACCAUGGAGGCACUGGGAACAAAGGGAACAACGGGAACAAGGGGAACAACAGCGGGAACAGCGGGAACAACGGCAACAACGGGAACAACGGUGGGAACAACGGUGGGAACAACGGUGGGAACAACGGGGAAACGGAUUCUAUCUCCAGUCCAGACAACAAGAUCGGAGCGUUCUUCUCCAGGACGCUCCGUCAGAUCAGGAGGGGUUCUGAAAACAGACCGACUGGAGUAUGCAAAGAGCUGUCGCCUCCACCUCCGGUCGUUUCUCCCAUCAUCAAGAACGCCAUCUCCCUCCCCAGCCUGGAUGUGGAGAUGCCCAAUGGGAGUCCCACCACCAAAGUGCUCUUCCCCAGUUCUCAUAGCACGCCGGAGGAGAGGAAAAGCUCUUAUGGUCUGGAGUCUGGUUUCGUCACGCUGCCUCGUCUCUCUCGCUCUGAGCGCCAGCAGCCGUCCAUCUCCCUCCCCACUUCCUGCCCUCCUAACAUCCACCGCGGCUCUCUAACCGACGAAACCGACGCCAUCUUGUGCUCCGCCUCCAUCUUGACCUCUGACCCCAAACCCUCCUUCUCCGCCUACUCUGACUCCCUGUCCUCCCUCACCUCUCUGGACACCUUCACCUUCGACCUGGGCCCUUCCUUAAUGAGCGAGGUGUUCGGGGUGAUCGACGGCUGCCAAUCAGACGAUCACACUCACGUCUGGGAGGGCGAGGAGGCGGGAUCAGCGUGCGGGAUGACCAAUGACGGCUCAGAGAUGGAUUCGGCCACUAUUUCCUAUGUGGAUUCGCUGCUUAGGGAGGAUUUUGGCGGCAGGAAGAGCCCGCAUGGUGGCGAGUGGGAGGAGGAGGAAGUGAUGGAGGUGAAUGGAGUAAAAGAUGUGGUGAUGGGGUCUCCUGAAAGACCCAAAUUGGGUGUUGGGAUGGAGAUGGAGCGCUUCCAGAGUGCUACAGAUGUGCUCGCUCGCCACUAUGGAGUCAGCUUAAAGGGACAGAGCCGAGUGGAGGUCGCAGAUGCACAGAUAAUCGUCAGCCGCCCGAAGAACAAAACUCCCUACAACUACUUGGACGAUGAGGAUGAAAUCAAAGUGUAGUCAGAGAUAUUUUGACUCAAAUAGAUCAAGGAGAGAUUGUGGUUGACGAGGCAGGAUGACCAUGAAAUCCUUAAUAUUGGAUGCUUUAAGGAUGUCCAGUGUUGAUGUUGCUGAAUGUAUCUUAAACCCGAGGGGUGAAUGCUUGUUUCAAAAAGACUUUAUAAGUAAAAUGAAGCGUGGAAAAACAAGGACACAGAAUGUAGUUUAGAUCUUCUUAAAGGACACGCAACAUUUCCCUACAACUACAUGGACGAUGAGGAUGGAAUCAGUGUAAUCAGAGAUAUUUCGACUCUUAAAAACAUGUUAAAUGUAUGAUUUUUUUCUGUAAUCAAAUCGAUCCAUCAAUGUGGUUGACGAGGCAUGAAAACCACAAUCCUUAAUAUUGGAUGCUUUACCUUAAAACAGUCAUGCUUCAAGGAGUGUUGGUGUUGCUGAAUGGAUCUUAAAGGAGUGUAAGAUGUUUCCAAGCCCGAGGGAUGAAUGCUUGUUUCAAAAAGACUUAGUAAAAGGAGGCGUGGCGUCUCAAUGGAAACUUAGCCUGUCACUUUAUAUGUUUCACACUUCCUCCCAUAUUGCUGCAGAUAGCUGUAACAAUCUUUUAAAAGUGGAUGCAAGCACCAAAAUGUCCAAAUUCAUCUUUCCCAAAUGUCAUAUUAUUUAAAAAAAAGACAAUAAACCACUUGAAUUAAAAAAAAAUUGCAACUAUUUUCCAAGAUGGCUGCCAUUUCCAGCCGAUAAAAACUAUAUUUUACCAAAUCAUUUUAACCAGUGGAUCACUUUUGGUGAUUUUAAGAUUGAAUAUCACUAUUUGAUAAGUCAAAUCUUCUAAGAUUUUGUGUGAUUUUAAUCACAACACGUUUACAUUUGGGGUUGUUUGUUAGAAAGCGUCUGAAUUUGGUUUCUACGUGUUCAGAAAUGUAUGAUUUGACAAUCGAGAUCAUUCAUCCAGGGCAAGUUAACGUGAUUUUAUGGCAAAAAAAAAUGCAUUAUCAAGCCAAUAUUGGUGGCCAUCUUGAAAAUUGACGAUAUCUUACGUGCCAAUUGUAGUACUUGUAUCCACUUUUGAAAUAUUUCCCUGGUUUAUUUGAUUCUCUGCAUCACUACAAGGUGGAAAGCCUCUCCAUGGUCACUAAUGAGAGAGGAAGUGAGGAUUAAACAAAUGGAUUUAAUCUUUUUACAACCUUAGGGCCUCAUUUCAAUCUCCUGUCGACUCCUUUCACUCAGGAAAACACUACCAGGACACACAAAGGGAAAGGAAAUGUGGAUUCUCAGGCCUCAGCAGAUUAGAAAUCGACAUGGACUGAGGGAAUAUGUAAAGUAUUUCUUGUACUAGAUGCAACUGAAGCUUAUGACCAAUUACAUGCUCAUAUAGAGACCCCAUGCACCUGUAAUGAUCAUGAAGUCUGACUCCUGUAUUGUCAUUUAAAUGUCCUUUUAUACAACUGUACAUAAAGAUAUUACCUACCUUACCUACAGUAAGAGCACCUGCAGCAGUACCUAGUGCAAUUCACAUCCAUAUGCUGCAGACAAUACCAAUGAUAUAUUAUGAUGAUAUUAAUGACAAUAAAGAUGUUUUUAAUUA